UGUAAAAAUCCUUUAUUCUUUCUGCACAUAAUUUAAAUCUGCAGUCCCAAGAAAGACCAAUUUUUAACUAUACGCAUAUAUUUUAGACCAUAAUUCGGUGUUUUAUCAACACAUGCAAUUGUUAGUACUCUUUCACUGUGAACAAUCUUUGAGGCAGGGGCGAAGCUACAUGAUUUAAAGAUGGUUCAAUUGAAAUUAUGCUGUGCAAUUAGAGGCUUCUAGUAUAGUGACAAACGUGUUGGCUCAAAAAUUGAUUUAGGUUGCAGGUAUAAAUCUCAAGUGUAACAUUCUUGCAUUUUUUUUAUUUUUUUGUGAGACCCUUAAUAGAAUUCCUGACUCCGUUAGUGUGGACUUUUUCCAUCCAUGGGGGAUUGGAUAACUGGAGCCUUAAUCAAUUUGUUGGGAAGCAUUUUCAUCAACUUUGGAACCAACCUCCUUAAAUUAGCUCAUGAUGAGAGAAAUUUAAGGGCUAGAAUGAAGCCCAUUAUAUACUUCCAAGCAUGGAGAAUUGGUAUUCUCUUCUUUACAAUUGGAAAUUGUCUCAAUUUCAUUUCAUUUGGCUAUGCUGCUCAAUCACUUCUAGCAGCUUUAGGAUCUAUACAGUUCAUCUCAAACAUCGGUUUCGCGUACUUCAUAUUGAACAAAACAGUGACAAUCAAAUUACUGUUAGCCACAGCUUUUGUUGUUGUUGGAAACAUUUUCCUUGUAGCCUUUGGUAACCAUCAGUCCCCUGUUUACACAACAGAGCAAUUGAGUGAAAAUUACACCAACGUUAUAUUUCUGGUGUACUGUCUCAGUUUGGUCUUAGUUGUUGUUUUACAUCAUUCAAUUUACAAAAGAGGAAAAGGGCAAAUGCUGGUUCCAUUUUCAUAUGCAGUUGUUUCUGGUGCAAUCGGAUCGUGUUCAGUAUUGUUCGCCAAGUCUCUUUCAAACAUGUUAAGAUUGUCAAUGUCAUCGAGUGGUGGUGGUGAUUAUUCAACUUUGCACAGCGGGUUUACGUAUUCAAUGCUGUUGAUGUUUCUAAGUACAGGUGGAUUUUGGAUGGCAAGGUUAAACGAAGGGCUUUCGCGAUUUGAUGCAAUACUUAUUGUCCCUAUGUUUCAAAUAGCUUGGACGUUUUUCUCUAUUUGUACUGGAUUUGUCUACUUUGAGGAAUACAAGGUGUUUGAUGCUUUAAGAACAAUAAUGUUCGUUCUUGGAAUGAUUUCUGUUUUUAUUGGCAUUUAUUUGCUAGCACCGGAUGAUGAAGUAUUGAAGGAUGGUUCUUUGGCAGUAUCAAAAACUUCGAAUUUGUCCCAGGAUGUGGAGAGACUGUUCAUGCCAUCUGAUCAAAUUAAGGAUAUAGAUAUCAUUUGGACGAGAUAUGCUGAUGAAAAUUGCUGAUGUGCUGCAUUAUGGUAUCAACUUGGACUACGAGAGGACUAGUGACAUUGGGUUGUGGUGAUGGACAUGACAAUGGCACGGGCAAUUAUCUCUCGUCGAAAAUUUAUAUCAUGUACAUAAAAGAUAUUUUUUUUUGUGUGUAUAUAUAUAUUGGUAAAUUCCUUUUGACAGAAGUGAAGCUUCUACUGUAUUGGCACAAAAGUAGCUUGAAAUUUUGUUUUAGGUUGCUAAUUAAACUCCAACUCAUGAGGUACUGCUGCACCUUUGCAUUUUUGGAAUUUCCUCUGGUAGUGCUUAACAAUAUUGUUAUUUCUUCCUCUUUAUGGAAAAUAAUCAACAACAAGCCAUUACUUUCCCAUCGAAUGUUUGGUAGUUGUA